AUGACCACAGAAUUCAAAGGUGUGUCAGCACUUGCUUCAAAAGUAUUGCCGAAAUUGACUUUGACCCGCGUUCUUUCCUGGACCAAGAAAGAACGUGGAAGACCGUGUCGUGGGUUGUCGGGAUCGCCUAAGCGUUUGCUGUUCGGUGGACGGGAAACCGGACGCGUGAUAAGUGGUAGUUACAAAUUCUUCUCCGGAAUUCUUGAAAUCGACAUGCCAUUUAUUUCAAAGGUUGCCUCCAGGUCUUCCGAAGCAAUUCCGCCAUUUUCGCUAAGAACAGCCUUUGCAGUCACCACAUUCUUAUCCGAAGUGGCGGCUGUUGAUAAAAAUGAUGGAAUUGAUAAUGAAUUAAUGGCUGCAACCCUUGGGAUCAUUGAUUUGUCAAUUUCAAGAAUUCUGAAGGGAAAACUGGGCUUUGGCAAAAAAAAGGACGAAAAGAUGGACUUCUCAUCAUGA